GCCCGGUCCCUCCCCUUCCUCUGACCAGCAGCUCCUGGUGAGGUGCUGAGAGAUGUUUUGGCCCCAGCUCCCCGGGCUGCGGACCGGCUCCGGCUCCGGGCCAGCGAUCGCGGUUCGGGCCGGGUCUGAGCGCCGCAGCCCGGGUGGGGUUUGCAGGCACAGGAAGGGGCUGGAGCAGCUGGGAGCGGUGGAUGCCGGGAGGAAGGAGGCAGGAGCCGGGAGAACAAAGCCCGGAGCUCGGAGGGGCGCAGCUGGUAUCCAGGGGCCGGUGACCUUCGAGGAGGUGGCUGUGUAUUUCACCAGGGAAGAGUGGGCUCUGCUGGGCCCCGCUCAGAGAGCUCUCUACGGAGCCGUCAUGCAGGAGAACUAUGAGAAUGUGACCUCGCUGGGGUUUCCAGUUUCCAAACCUGAUGUGAUCUCCCAGCUGGAACAGGGGGAAGAACCGUGGGUCACAGACAUCCAGGAUUCAGAGGAAAGAGAGAUCCUGAGAGCUGCCUGCACAGACAAAGACACAUUAAACCAACUCAGAGUCUGUGACGCGAUGCUACCUGACACUAAGGAGCAGAAGUCUCAGCAGGAAGAUGCUGAGCGAGUGGAUAAACACGGAGCAUUAUCGCAAAGAUCGAAAGGGGAUGAGUCCAGGAGUCACGAGCAGGGAAAAUCCUGUGAGAUUCAGCACAGACCAGAGAGAGAGCAGGGAAACCAGCCAGGGGAGAAAUCGGGUACAUUAAUUUACUGUCGGGGAACUCAGAAGGACCUCAAGGAAACCACAGCCCAGCAGGAAAUCCUCAGGGGAAAGAGAAAAAAUACAUGUACUGAGUGCGGGAAAACCUUUAGUUGCUGCUCAGCCCUUAUUAAACAUCAGAGAAUUCAUACAGGUGAGAAACCUUUUGAAUGCAGCGAGUGCGGGAAAACCUUCACUCAGAACUCAAACCUCAUUAGACAUCAGAGGAUCCACACAGGGGAGAAACCCUACGAAUGUAGCGAGUGCGGGAAAAGAUUCACUCACAACUCAAACCUUCUUGUGCACCAGAGACUCCACACAGGGGAGAAACCCUACGAAUGCGGCGAGUGCGGGAAAAGAUUCACUCACAGCUCAGAACUUACUACGCAUCAGAGAAUCCACACCGGGGAGAAGCCCUAUCAGUGCUGUGAGUGCGGGAAAAGCUUCACGGCCAGCUCAGCCCUUAUCACACAUCAAAGAAUCCACACAGGGGAGAAGCCCUAUGAAUGCUGCGAGUGCGGGAAAAGCUUCACUGUCUGCUCAGCGCUUAUUACACAUUAUAGAAUCCACACGGGAGAGAGACCCUAUGAGUGCUGCGAGUGCGGGACAAACUUCAGUGACAGCUCAGCCUUUCUUCAACACCAGAGAAUCCACACGGGAGAGAGACCCUACGUAUGCCGCGAAUGUGGGAAAAGCUUCACUCGGAGCUCAGACCUCACCACGCAUCAGAGAGUCCACACGGGCGAGAGACCCUAUGAAUGCGGCGAGUGCGGGAAAACCUUCACUCAGAACUCAAACCUCAUUGCACACCAGAGAAUCCACGCAGACGAGAAACCCUACGAAUGCGGGGAGUGCGGGAAAAGCUUCACGCGGAGCUCAAACCUUAUUGCGCAUCAGAGAAUCCACACAAAGGAAAAGCCCUAUGAAUGCUGUGAGUGCGGGAAAGGCUUCACUGACAACUCAGCUCUUAUUACGCAUCAGAGAAUCCACACAGGUGAGAAACCCUAUGAAUGCAGUGAGUGCAGGAAAUGCUUCACUCAGAGCUCAAACCUCAUUGCACAUCGGAGAAUCCACAAAGGGGAGAGGCCCUACCAGUGUUGUGAGUGUGGGAAAAGCUUCACUCAGAGCUCACAACUUUCUACACAUCAGAGGAUCCACACAGCAGAGACACCCUCCGAAUGCUGUGAGUGUGGGAAAAGCUUGACUGAUCGCUCAGCCCUUCUUAAACAUCAGAAAGUUUGCAAGGGAGCUAAACACCAUACAAACCUCUAGAGUGACCAACACGUUGUUUUUUUUAAUGGUUAUGUAUCCAAUUCUGUCACAGAGGUAAUUGAUUCUGUGAUUUGAAUGGACCUCCAUUUCAGCAGCUGUCAGCCCCCAACACUGAAGCAGUGCCCCCCCUCCUCCCCCGGGGCCAGAGCAGGAACCAUCACCAUCCCGGUGGUAAGCCCAUAAGGCCAGAGCGACCCAAAGAGCCAGAGUGGUGGCUGGGCUAAGUCAGCCACCAGAGCAAGAACUGCAGCUAACAGUCAUCCCCCUGUGGGGCUCCAUUUGUUAUUCCCCCCACCAGGGUAUUUUCAGUGAAAGACAAGGACAGGUCACAGGUUUCUCUGCAUUUUUGUUUAUUGCCCGUGUCCUGUCUGUGACUUACUAAAAAUACCCAUGACAAAAAUUUAACCUUAUUACUAGUUUUGCUAGUUCCCAUGUGGUAACCAUUAAGGCUGCUUGAAGUAUUCGCAGCACCGUUAUCCCUCAGUCUGUCCAGGCGAGUUGCCCAUUUUUGCCUUUUGCGGUUUGCCCUGUUAUGGCGUGGACCUGAUCGUCCUGUCUGUCACCUCCAUUGUCCCAUGAGUAAUGGGAGUGUGUCCCUUUUUCCACAAAACUGGGAGCAUCGUAUUUAUACCCUUCCUCCUAUUGCAAAGUUACCGUUACAGUCACCAAUGAUGUAGCUUGUAUCAUUCCCAGUUGUUCUCGCGUUGCUCUGGGUUGUGCUGAAGAGCAGUUAUAUUGGGAACUUUUUUUCAUUAUAUUUAAAUGAAUUUUAAAUGAAGAGAAGCAGGGGCAGGGGGAAAAGUGUCAUUUCAGCUUCUGUGACACUGGAAGGAUACGGGGUGACUCAGAGAUUCCCUCCUUCCCCAUCACUGCAGAACUGUUACCUUCUGUCUGAGCCAGGCAGAGUUUAUCUUCUUCACAUUCUGUCCUUCCACCUCUCAGAGUGUCAUGUGAUGCAGUGUUCUCAGCUGUCUGUGCUUGGAGAUGACGCUUUGACUUGUUUAAUCCGAAAUCAGAAUCACUAUGGCUGGAGAUGAAAGUGUGGAAGACCUGGGAGGGGAGUUCAAAUGGAUUCUAAACACUGUGAUCAUUUGGAGUUUAAAAUCCGUUUCCAUCUAUUGGCAAAGCCAUUUCUGUAAAGGUGGCUGUUUUUUCCCCCCAUUAUGAGGAUGCUAAAAAUUUUGUAAAUAACAUAACUCAAUAUUGAGACAGGGCUGAGUGAAGCAGGCUUGAAUGGAUCAGAGGAGAAUGUGAUGGGAGAAUGUCUUGUCCUGACUCUGAAAUCAUCAGAUAGCCCCUGCUCUGGAAUUUCACUUGACAAUAUUGUCCCCUAUGAUCUGAGGAGAGAGUUUCACAGUAAGUGACGUGGAACUAGGCAAAAUGCCCAUCUAUUUGGUUCCCAAAGGCUUUUUAAUGCAGGCCCUACAGGAAAUAUCUCCUAGAUAAUCCCAUGAGAAGGGAAAUGCUGCCCUUUAUCAGACAGCUGUGGAAGAAAUAGAAGUGGGGUUGUGAAUGAAUCGACCAUUUGUAGGUGUUGCAAACGUGUAUAAAAUGGAAUCGGUGUUGAAAUAUAGCCUGACCACCUCAGCGCCGCAUUGCUGUAUGCCCGUAAAAAUUAAAAAUAAUAGUCAAAAACCCCCUCCAUGACAA